AGAGAGAGAGAGAGAGAGAGAGAGAGAGAGGAUUUAACUCUAUGGUGAAUGUUGGUAAAGAAUUUUGGUUUAUUCUCUAAAUCUACACAUGUACAUACUUCAGUGAUGGAUUUUCAUAUAGAGCCAUCUUUAAAUAAAACACAUUUCUUUGUCUAUAUUUAACACUACCACAGUGUGCAAUAAUAGGUGCUUUAGGACACUUUCCAGUCUGAUGAUAAACCCACGUGGUCUUUAUAGGAGGAUCGAUUGGAAAACGAAAGUACAGUUUAAUAUUUUCUUUUCUCUCUCAGCGACUGUAGAUGGAUUCGUAGGUGAUCCAGCAACACUUUACACAUUAUUCCGUUCUUACUGGUUUCUUUGAAGCUUUCUGAGCUUACAGUGCUUCCUAGCGCCAUGAUUCCAGCUCUACCUCUGAGAUGGGCUUUACUGCUUCUUUUCCCAACUCUCAGCCAUCAGACUUCUGGAUAUUUUUCAGUGAAGGUUCAGUCUCCAGUCUCAGGGUUCCUUGGUUCCUCUGUGUCUCUGCACUGCGCUGUCGCAAACAACAUGGACGUUCGACAUCUGGCUGUGCGCUGGUACCGUCCCAAAAUGUCUGACACCCCAGUCCUGUUUUACAAGAACACACAGAUCCAGAAGAGUCCUGUAGAUGUUCAGUACCAGGGCAGAGUGUUCCUGUUAGGAGAACUGGAGAAAGGAGACGUCUCUCUGAAACUGGAGAACCUGACGGUAGCAGAUAGAGGAGACUAUGUGUGCCAUGUGAGCAGUGAUGACUGGUAUGACAAGGCCACAGUGUCCCUCAGAGUGAGAGCGGUGGGAUCCUCUCCUGUUCUCUCCUUAAAUGAAGCAGAAGGAGGAAAGAUGAACGUUAGCUGUCAGUCACAUGGUUGGCUACCUGAGCCAUCAAUCACCUGGACAGAUAAAGAUGGGAAAGAUCUGAAACAUCUCAGCAAAUUCAAGUUCACCAACAAUUCUGAAGGGUUUAUAGAUGUGAGCUCGUGGCUGAUCGUGUCUCCCUCUGAGUCCGAGUGGAUCUCCUGCUCUGUGGGUUUCUCUGAUCAGGAGAGAAAAGAAGGCAGAAUAAUUCCACACACUCCUACAGGAGAUGCAGGGUCUUUGAAUGGAUACUUCAUUGCGAUUCCCAUUCUUCUGCUGCUGUGUGCUGCCGGAAUUGCAGUGUUUUGCCUGCUACGUAAAAAAGGUCUGAUUCUCUCCAAGAGAAAAAGGACAGAAAAUAUAGAAGCAGGAACUCCAUCAGAAAGUGAACCUCUGAAUAAGAGCCAUGUGGAAAAUCAGGAUCAGAACGACUCUCCAUCUAUAAUUACAAUUCCUCAUGCUGUGGUUGGAGAAUCCAGAGGAGAGCAGAGAGGAUCCAGCUCCUUCUCCUCACCAGUGUUCUCCACUGCUGGUUCAGCCACUGAUAAACCAAACAUCACUGCCUUUAUCUCAAAUCCCACACCUGCUGCCACCAUGUCAGAGAUGGAACCUUCUGCCAUCAGCUCAAAUCCCACACCUGCUGCCUCCACCUCAAAUCUCACCAGCUCAAUUCCCACACCUGCUUCCACCCCCAUAAAUCCCACACCCACUACCUCUAUCUCAGAUCCCACAAUUUCUGUCACCAUUUCAAAAAGCAUACCUGCUGGCACCCCCUUAUAUCCCACACCUGCUGGCACCAUCUCAAAUCCCACACCUGCUACCACCAUGUUAGAGUCCACAUCUGCUGCCACCAACUCAAAUGGCAAACCUGCUGCCACCAUGUCACAACUCACUGCUGCCACCCUCUCAAGUCCCACAACUACUGCCACCAUUUCAAAUCCCACACCUGCUGCAACCCUCUCAAAUUCCACACCUGCUACCAGCACCUCAAAUCACACAACUGCUGCCACCAACUCAAAUCCCAUACCUGCUACCAGCACCUCAAAUCACACAUCUGCUUCCACCAACUCAAUUCCCGCAACUGCUACCACCUCUUCACAUCCCACAACUACUUCCACCACCUCAGAGCCCACACCCCCUACCACUGUCUCUAAUCCCACACCUGCUGCCACCACCUCAAUUCCCCCAUCUGCUGCCACCAACUCAAAUCCCACACCUGCUACCAGCACCUCAAAUCACACAUCUGCUUCCACCAACUCAAUUCCCGCAACUGCUACCACCUCUUCACAUCCCACAACUACUUCCACCACCUCAGAGCCCACACCCCCUACCACUGUCUCUAAUCCCACACCUGCUGCCACCACCUCAAUUCCCCCAUCUGCUGCCACCACCUCAAUUCCCCCAUCUGCUUCCACCAACUCAAAUCCCACACCUGUUACCAGCAUGUCAGAGACUGAACAAACUGCCACCAUCUCAGAGUCUACCACUGUCCCCUCAACAUCUCCACUACGUUUCAGCUCAGUCAAUAAACAUCCUACCAGCAAAGCUGAAACAAGAACAAUAAACACCAAAGGGAGAAAGAGAAAAGACAUGGGAAAUGAAAAAGAACACUGUUUUGACAAAGAUGAAGUAAAUGAAAUCAUUACCAAGAGGUCAAAAAUGGAAAGCCCAGCAAACUGCUCUGACUUCAAGAGUCUCUGUAAGUCAGAAGCAGCAGACUAUGAAGGGGAGAUGUCUGUGGAUGACCCUACCACGUCUGUCCCAAAGGAUGAGGAGAUGGAGACAACGGAUCAUGAAUGUACUGAGGAAGAUGACAUGCAGUGUGGCUGAAGUUUAUUAUACUUCAGACAUUCAGCUUUUUCAUUAAUAAUUUUAUACUGCUAAAAAUCCUGUAUAUUGUUGUUGGUUAUUUUGGUUAUUUUCAUACAAAUACUGUAUAUACUGUAUACAUAUACUGUUCCAGCUGUUUUAUUUGUUGUUG